AUGGCAUCCGGAGAGUCAAAAGAUGAACGCGACAAACGAGUCGCCAAACUCUGGGAAACCUUGGAUACACGACGAGAAGGCCAUAUCGACCUGAAUGGGUUAAAGAAGGGGCUAAAGAAAAUCGAUCAUCGUGAGUUUGACCGGGUUCCUUGCUGUCUAUCUGCGCUCUUGGCUAAUGUCCUCGUAGCUUUAAAAAAUGCAGACGAUAUGGUAGUCAAUGUUGUGCGGGAGGUGGACACGAAUGGCGAUGGACGUAUCGACCAAGCUGAAUUCCGAGCAUUUCUCAACCACACCGAGAACGGACUAUGGCAGAUGUUCCAGAGCAUUGAUCGAGAUCAAAACGGAGAAAUUGACAAGAUGGAAUUGCGGAAUGCCUUUUCACGUUCCGGAGUCACGGUUUCGAACGCCAAGUUGGACCGGUUUUUCGCCGAGGUCGACAAAAACCAUGACGGGGUGAUCUCUUACACAGAGUGGAGGGAUUUCCUUCUAUUCCUCCCACUCCAGUCCCCGACCGACCUACACGCCGUCCUUUCAUACUACACGGCUACGGGAAAUCUAAACCCGGAAGGAGAUGUCAACAUCAAUGACCUGCAGGGUUUAGGUACAGACUAUCCGUUUCUUUCACCUUAUAUUCUCGCCAUCCCACACUUUUUGUACAACAUUUUGUCCCUCCCCGCCUUGGCCUCCCUCCUUCCUUCAGCACACGCGGAAACCAGCCAUAUCUCAAAGUUGGGACCCGUUCUCGAGCAAGAUUUUGUCUCGCUAGACGGCGACUUGGAGUUGGAGUGGUUGCCACUUCCCCAGACUACCGCCAUGCGGAUGUUUUUCCGAUAUUAUGGACGGAAGUUGACCGAGAAUACCCCUCAACUAGGCUACUUCCUUGCAGGUGGAAUUGCGGGUGCCGUUUCAAGGACUGCUACCGCCCCCCUCGAUCGUCUCAAAGUUUAUCUCAUUGCGCAGACCGGUGUCAAAUCAACGGUUAAGGCGGCGAAGGAGGGAGCCCCGUUGGCUGCGGCGGGGAAUGCGUCCAGAACAUUGUUCGACGCUCUCAAGGAACUAUGGCGGGCUGGAGGAAUACGGAGUUUGUUCGCAGGGAACGGCUUGAACGUGGUCAAGGUCAUGCCGGAGUCUGCGAUCAAGUUUGGUGCCUACGAGUCCGCGAAAAGAGCAUUUGCACGACUCGAAGGACAUAACGAUCCCAAGCGACUCCUUCCCACUUCGCAGUUCAUGUCCGGUGGCUUUGGUGGAAUGGUUGCCCAAUGCUUUGUCUACCCCCUCGAUACCCUAAAAUUUCGCAUGCAGUGUGAAACCGUGAAAGAUGGCCCGAAAGGCAACCAGCUCAUCGCAGCUACCGCAAAAAAGGUGUGGAGCAAAAAUGGCUUCGUUGGCUUUUUCCGAGGACUCCCGCUUGGCCUUGUGGGCAUGUUCCCCUACGCCGCAAUCGAUUUAUCAACAUUUGAAUACCUCAAACGGACACUCCUAGCUAAAAAGGCUCGUGACUGUGGCUGUCAUGAGGAUGAUGUACCCCUCGGCAACUUCGCAACAGGUGCAAUUGGUGCUAUGAGUGGAGGAUUCAGCGCCUCGAUUGUCUACCCCCUCAAUGUUCUCCGAACUCGACUUCAAACCCAGGGCACGAUCAUGCAUCCGCCUACAUACACAGGAAUUGGCGAGGUCCUAAAAAUCACACUCAAGACCGAGAGGACCCCGUGGCCUUUACAAAGGUCUCACACCUAA